AUGGACUAUAAGGCACUUGCCCAACAAACUGCUCAAGAAAUUUUAGGUUACUAUCAAGAUACAUCAGGCUGGAAAGUGGUUAAGAAUUCAAAAAAAAUAACUGUUUCCAGCAAGGCUUCUAAAAAAUUCCAUGGAAAUCUAUAUCGUGUUGAAGGAAUGAUUCCAGAAUUGACAUCUAAACUAUCUGAUUUCCUCUUCAAACCUGAAAACAGAGUCAGAUGGGACAAUUCAUUGAAAAUGUACAACAUGGUACUAAAGAUUGAUUCGGAUACAUUCCUGUGUCAUACCAUUACACAAAGUUUUGCCAUGGGCUCAAUUUCCCCCAGAGACUUUAUCGACUUAGUCUCUUUGAAGCACUACGAAAGAAAUAUGGAUGUUAUCAGUUCUACUAGUGUGGAUUUUCCAGCAUAUCCUCCAUCCUCAAGUUACAUCCGAGGUUAUAACCAUGCUUGUGGCUAUAUAUGUUUACCUGUGCAAGAGAAUCCAGCAUAUUCCAAACUAGUGAUGUUUGUUCAGACAGAAAUGAGAGGAAAAUUGGCCCCAUCAAUAAUUGAAGCAACCAUGCCUUCCAAUUUAGUAAGCUUCAUGCUCAAUGUAAAAGAUGGAAUAAAGACACAAAAAAUUUCAUCAAGACGUGGAUAUCAUCAUAAUGGGCAUUCAUCAUUCCUAAAGAAGAAAUGAGGCCAUUUAAAAUCAUGUGUGGCAGAUACAGCCUUUUGCUUUUAAGUCAAUAUGCAUAAAUACUGUGACACUCUUCUAAACAGUAUUCUUGAACAAAUUACUGAAGGUACUUUGUGAAAAUGAGACCACACAGUUGUACAAGACAACAGCAUUAAAUAUAGCUUUUAAUCUCAUAUAAGAAUAAUGUUAAAUAACAAGGGUUCUUAAUGCACUUUUAUCUUUUGCUUUUUCCCCUGGAAAAUUCUCUGCAAAAAGCAUCAAUAAGAAAGCAUAUACAAUCAGAAGUCAGCAUUAAUUAAAGAUUAAAAUAUACUUUAAAUUGUUUUGCUGCUAUUGCUGCUGCUAAGUCGCUU